GCACUUGAGCAAGGCUUGACAUCUCAGCUAUGAUGGCUUCUUCCUCCAGCUUUCUGCUCUUAAGUACCUUCUUUGCUGGGCUUUGCAGAGCAUUUGACUUUGGAUUAUCCACAAGAUGUAUCUCUAUACCUAAAGACUUGGGUAUGUGCCAUGAUGUCGGCUAUACAGAAAUGAGGCUUCCCAACCUACUGGGGCACAGCACCAUGGCAGAGGUUGUUACAAAGUCUGCUGAAUGGCAUAAACUUCUGCAAACCGGCUGCCACCCAUAUGCCAGAACCUUCCUGUGUUCCCUCUUUUCGCCUGUCUGCAUGGACACGUUCAUCCCACCUUGUCGCAGCAUGUGUGAGGCUGUGAGAGACAGCUGUGCCCCUGUGCUGGCAUGCCACGACCAAUCAUGGCCUGAAAGUCUAAACUGUGACCGAUUCCCUGCUGGGGAUGACAUGUGCCUUGACAACCUUGGUAAAGAUUACCACUACAUAUACAAAGACCUGCCAAAGCCAACAUGUCAAGGAUGCCCACUGAUUGAAGAGACUUACUCAUAUAGGUCUGCCAUGCAUGCUUUUUGUGACAAUGACUUUGCUGUGAGAGUAAAGCUAGCAAGAAGAAAGAUUGCCCAGGGACUUCAUGAAUAUGUGACAGAGGGCCCAGUAGAAUUUAUUAAACAGGGGAUGUUGCUUCCAUAUGACACACGCAACAUGAUUGAACAGUGGCUGCGCAUCAAUGACGUCUGUGCACACCGUAUGAUCCCUCACUCCAGGUCCAUGGUCUAUGUCAUUGCUGGUGACAUCCAUAAUGGAAAAGCUGUGGUCAACCGGGUCUUCCAUUGGCAGAAGAAAGACACUCAGCUGACACUGGCCACCAGAAAGUGGAGGCACCAUAAAUGUUAAAGUGACUGUUGGAAUUUAAUCUGUAAAUAAUCAAGAGACUCUAUGAGAAUGAAAUGUAAAUAGCUACAUUAUAUAUACAUAUAUAUUUUAUAAAAAAUGUAUUCGGACAGGUGGCAGUGUUGUGUCAAGCAAUCCCUGCUGGGCUACAAGUAUCAAAUUGUAAAAAUUAUAUCAAAUGUGUACAAAAGGAAAAUAUAUUAUAAAAUGUUUAUGACUUU